CCUGUAUUCAAAUACGUCCGAGAUUAUAAAACUUCUACUCAAUUAUUUUCCGCACACACUCUUCCCCAAACAUGGACUCAAACACCACCAACUUCCAAUUCGGACAAUGGCUGGCAACUCCACCGCCUGGAGAGGAAGUCGUCGUUACAGGGAUGUCGGGGCGAUUCCCGGCCUCCAACAACGUCCAGGAAUUUCGGGACAAUCUCUUCGCCAAGAAAUACAUGAUGGACAAAAUCGACAAACGCUGGAAGGUCGUAAACAAGGAGAUUCCUUCAAAAGGUGGCCUUCUUCCCGAAAUCGGGACUUUUGAUCCGGGAUUUUUCGGGAUUCAUCAUCGACAAGCCGAAAACAUGGACCCUGCGAUGCGCAAUUUCCUGGAAGUUGCUGUGGAGGCGAUUCUGGAUUCGGGAUUCCACCCCAAGGAGUUGGAGGGGAGCAGGACGGGGGUUUUUGUGGGGUACUCCUGGUCGGACCUGGAGGCGCCCAGUUUGAGCGAAGCCGACGAGCCCCAAAAGUUCGGGAUGACGGGCUACAGCCGCAGUUUCAUUCCACAUCGCAUCAGCUACUACUUGAAGCUCAAAGGGCCUUCCGUUGUGGUGGACUCGGCUUGUAGCAGCUCGUUCAAUGGCCUUGAGCAUGCCUUCAAGGCCAUAAGGACGGGCAAGUGUGAUAAUGCCCUUGUGGGCGGUUGUAACCUAACCCUUCAUCCUGGUACCACCCUACAGUUUGCAAGGUACGGCCUUUUGAGCAAAGAUUGCAUUUGCAAAGUGUUUGAUCAAGAGGCUAAUGGAUAUGUGCGAAGUGAGACAAUUGCUUGUGUUUUUCUGCAAAAGGCAAAAAAUUCACGCAGGAUUUAUGCCCAAAUCGUGGGUGCAAAAAUCAACGACGACGGUUUCAAAAGCGAAGGCCUAUCUUUUCCCUCUCACAAAAUGCAAGGCCAACUCCUCAAAGAAAUCUACAACGAAUGUGGAAUAGUACCAUCCAGAAUAACCUACAUGGAACUACAUGGUACUGGUACCAAAGUGGGCGAUGGGGAAGAGCUUCAAGCUGUAGACGACGCCAUUGUGACCCAACGUGAAAAAACCCUAAUUAUAGGUUCCGUCAAGUCAAACAUAGGCCAUGCGGAACCAGCUUCUGGUAUGUCCUCCCUUAUCAAGGUACUGAUAGCUAUGGAAGAGGGAAAAAUUGCACCAAACAUGAACUUGAACCAAAUUAAGGCCGGGUUCACAUCCCUUGAGCAGGGAAAAUUAAGGGUGGCCACGGAAAUCACCCCCUUGGAGGGGGAAGAACCCAUUGUUGGGAUUAGCAAUUUUGGAUUCGGUGGUAACAAUUGUCACGUGAUUUUGAAACGCGUGUCCAAAAAGAACCUGAAGUACCAUGACGAAGUACCACGACUGGUUUGUGUGAGUGGUCGUACUGUUCAAGCAGUUGAAGAAAUACUUAAUAAGGUUAAAUCAAAAUUCAACGUUGAAUUUAUCGCAAUGUUGCACCAACUCUUCAAAAAUCGCUUUACCACGCAUUUGUACCGUGGGUACGCCCUAGUGUCAAAAAAUGGUACUUUUGGUACUUCAAUUAGCCAAAUAAAGAACGAAUCAAACGAGUGCCGGGUGCAUUUCGGCAACUUUCAAAAGUGUUACCUUGAAGUUUGUCAGUACUUUAUGUUAUUCCCAAAAUUUCGAAGUACCAUGGAACGUAUAAAUGAAAUUUUGGGCGGUGGUACCACCUUAUACGACACUCUUUCGAGUACCAAAACCACCCUACUUGCAAGCGUGUGCACACAAUUCUCAAUCCUUGAAACUUUGCGUGACCUUGGAGUGGUACCAAAACUGGACAGUACCACCAACUUGGCUCACUUGAUCCAAACAUUACCACUGGAACAGUUACUCGAAACGGUGCGAAACAUUGACUCGGAAAACCACAAAUUUCAAGUUUUGACUGCAAGUACCAGAACCCAAAUUUUGGAACCCGAACCCGAAAAUGACCAAACUUUUGUGUUGGACGUGACAAAAGGUUUGGUUGCGUUCUUAGACGGGCUUGGACGGUUGUACCAAAAUGGAGUUGAUUUGCAUUUAGAAAAGUUGUAUGCACCGGUUGAAUUUCCGGUCAGUCGGGCCACGCCCAUGAUAUCGCCAUUGGUCAAGUGGUACCAUGACAAGAUUUGGCACAGUACUGCUUUUACAGCAUUUGCGAAAAAAACCGACGCCAAGUACGAUAUUGGCUUGAUGGAUGAGAACAGUUAUUUGGAGGGGCAUGUGAUUGACGGCCGCAAUUUGUUUCCAGCUACUGGUUAUUUGAACAUAAUUUGGGAGAUAAUAGCCAAAGAGCGCUACGCGCAACCCAUUCAUUUGCCCAUAGUUUUCGAAAAUUGCAAAUUUGUAAGAGCUACCACCAUGCCCAAAGCUGGAUUUAUCACAUUUGCCGUGUCAAUCCAGCGUAAAAGUGGGUUUUUUGAAAUUGUCGAAAACGACAGUAUUGUCAUGACAGGACGUGUCUUGGUACCAGAUGACAUCAAGUCGUACCAAGUGGAUUUACCCGAAUUAAAAGUUAGUGACGAUCCGAAGGAGUACUUGGACGAGUUUGAAGUUUACAAGGAGUUGUAUUUGCGUGGUUACAAUUACAGUGGGCUGUUCAAAGGCUUGGUCAAGUGUAAUAUUGAUGGGUCAUCUGGGUUGGUCCGAUGGGACAAUAACUGGAUCAGUUUUAUGGAUAAAAUGCUACAAAUUAAAAUUUUGGAACUCGAUUCGAGGCUUUUAUAUGUUCCGACAGGAAUCAAAAAAUUGUCAAUUGAUCCGAUCAAACAUCUAGAAAUUGUCGAAAAAAAAAGUGACCACUUGAUCCCGGUCUCGUCAUACAAAAACAGCGAUGUUAUCAGAUGUGGCGGGAUCGAAAUUUUGGGCCUCCAGGCCAACGCCAUCUCGAAACGCAAACCAAUCCUGGAACCAGUAUUGGAAAAAAGUAUUUUUAUCCCCAACGCAACUGAUUUGGAUUUAACUCAAGCAAUCCGAGUCAACACUCAGAUAAUACUUGACGAAAGUUUGGAAAAAAAUUUUACGGCAUUGGAAAUUCUAGACGAGUUUAGCAAUCCUGAAGUGUCUUUUGUGAUGCCACUUUUGUUUAACGCCCUUGAAGACAUUCCCUUAAUUCACCCAAAAUUGACAAUUUCAACCAAAACCAAAAUUGACGACAUCCCAGGAGUUAAAAUCGAAGCUACGACUUUAUCGUCAACUAGCAAUUUAUUAUUAAUUGUUGCCACAAAAUUAUUUCAACGUGUGACUCUCCUGAACCAAGUUUUGUCAGCUUUGAGCCAAAACGGCUUUGCUCUAAGUCGAGAGGACGCAAAUUUUGAGCCCGAAUUCGGCGAUAAAAUCACAAUUCUAACCCAAUUUGUAACACCUGAUGAGAAAUUAAUUCUGUUCAAAAAAACAGAAAGCGGCAAAUUUAAUCAAAAACUGAUUAACGUAAGUUCGGAAAAUUUCAAUUGGGUCCAACACGUUAAGGAAGAACUGAAAACUGACACACGUGUGGUGCUCUACAGUGAAAAGGGGGCCCUUGAGGGGCUUUUAGGGCUCGUUAACUGUCUCCGAAAGGAGCCAGGCGGCACCAAAAUCUCAUGUGUUUCCAUCAUGGGACAAGAAAUACCACAACUGGACGAACAAUUGGCCAAAAAUUUGGCUUUCAAUGUUUACAAAAACCAAAAGUGGGGGACUUACCGACAUUUGCAUUUGGAUGAGGCGGUGCAAAGUCGCAAGGACCAUGCGUUUGUUAGUUUAUUGUCACGUGGCGACUUGUCCAGCUUGCGAUGGGUGGAGGGGCCGUUGUCCAAGACGGACCCAAAGGUUAUUUUUGCCAACUACUGCGCCAUCAACUUCAAGGACAUCAUGACAGCAACCGGCCGCAUCGUACUAGCCAUGGAACGCACCAAACAAGACUCAAUCGAAGGCCUGGAGUACAGUGGACGCGACUUUAACGGUACCAGAAUCAUGGGCAUGACGGACCAUCGAGCCAUGGGUACUUUAAUCAACCCAGAUUUGCCCCUUUGUUGGCGGAUACCCGACCAUUGGUCCCUCGAAGACGCAGCCACGGUACCAGUGGUUUACAGUACCGUCAUUUACGGCCUUUUGAUGCGCUCGACUUUGGCACCCGGUACUUCGAUUUUGAUCCAUUCUGGCACCGGUGGCAUUGGCCUUGCGGCCUUGAAUGUGGCCUUGGCACAUGGUUGUGACGUUUACGUCACGGUGGGCACCAAAGAAAAACGCGAGUUUUUGCGAAAAAACUUUCCACAAAUUUCAGAUGACCACAUCGGCAAUUCUCGCGACUUGUCGUUCGAAGAAAUGAUCAAAACGCAAACCAAAGGCCGUGGUGUUGACAUUGUUUUGAAUUCUUUGACGGAGGAAAAGUUGAGGGCCUCUGUUAGGUGUCUGGCACGUGGUGGCAAAUUUUUUGAAAUUGGCAAAUUCGAUUUAGUUAACAAUAAUGCGAUUCAACUUUUAUUGCUUGAGAAAGGUGCCAGUUAUCACGGAAUUAUGGUUGAUACGCUCUUUAAAGAGUCAGAUGAAGACAAAUUGAAACUUAACCGAAAAGUUGAAGAGGGGAUAAGGAAGGGUUACGUUAAACCGAUCCCAAGGACUGUCUUCGAAAGUGACAAUGUUGAGGCUGCCUUCCGGUACAUGAUGACCGGAAAACACAUCGGAAAGGUUUUAGUGAAGAUUAGGGAAGAAAAUCAAGCUGACUGUUCCAUUCAGUGUUUGCCUAAAUUCUGGGCUGAUCCAAGCAAAUCCUACAUAAUCCUAGGUGGCUUGGGCGGUUUUGGCUUAGAAUUAGCCGAUUGGUUGGUCUUGAGAGGAGCUCGAAACCUCGUCUUAACUUCAAGAACUGGCGUCCAAACCGGUUAUCAAACGCAACGAAUCAAAAUCUGGCAAUCAUACGGCGCUCGCGUCAACAUUUCCACAAUCACCAUUUCGUCAAAAGACGAUUGCGUCAAAUUGAUACAAGAAGCCACAAAGUUGGCUCCAGUUGACGCAAUUUUCAACCUCGCUGUUGUCCUAAAGGACGAAUUAUUCGAAAACCAAACCGAAGAAAAUUUCCGGAUUUCUCUCACACCGAAAGCUUUCGCCACCAAAUAUCUGGACCAAGUCUCGAGAGAUUUGUGUCCGAAUUUGCGAUUUUUCGUCGUGUUUUCAUCCGUUUCCUGCGGACGUGGAAACAUAGGACAGAGCAAUUAUGGCAUGGCCAACUCGAUCAUGGAGCGAGUUUGCGAAAAAAGAAAAAGUGAAGGGUUUCCAGCCUUGGCCAUCCAAUGGGGAGCAAUUGGAGACGUCGGCCUUGUUGCCAAAAUGCAAAAAGACAACAAAGAACUAGUAAUUGGAGGAACUCUCCAACAAAAAAUCUCCAGCUGUCUUAACGUCUUAGACCGAUUAUUAAACCAAGACGAACCAAUCGUUUCGUCAAUGGUUGUGGCGGAAAAACGCGAUAAGAGAAUCGGUGGUGAAAGUGCAGUUGACGUAGUUGCCGCUCUUUUAGGCAUCAAAGACAUUAAAACAGUCAGUCAGCAAUCAUCUCUAUCCGAACUCGGAAUGGACUCAAUGAUGGGCAAUGAAGUGAUGCAAGUGCUGGAAAAAGAAUUCGAAAUUUAUGUCACACCUAAAGAUCUCAGAACCAUGACUUUUGCCAAAUUAGUCGAGCUGGAGGCGCAAAGAACGUCAAAUAUUCAAGACCAAAAAAGCAAGCAAAAAAUGGAACAGGGGACAAAUACCAUUAUCCAGUUUAUUCCAGACGGACAAUUCGAUAAUCAGGAGUUAAUUAAAUUAGAGAGUAAGGCGCGAGAUGACGAAGUUCCGACGAUUUUUGUCUUGCCAGGAGUUGAAGGAGUGUUUAAACAGUUGGAACCUUUUGUCAAAAAUUUGAAUGCCAGGGUUUUUGGGGUGCAAUAUUCGUACCAACAACCAGAACACACGAUUCAAGAAGUUGUCGAAAAUAUUCUUCCAAAAAUCGAGAAACACAUCAAAACCGAAAAAAAAUUCUUCUUCAUCGGCUACUCGUUCGGAGUGACGGUGGCCUUGGAGCUGGCCCUCCGCCUCGAAGCCGCUUCUUACACCGGCACCGUCGUGGCCAUCGACGGCUCCCCGCACUACACCAGGCGCCUGCUCGAGCACUACCUCCCGGGGGAGACCGCCGCCGAGUUCGAGAGCAUGAUCCUGGUGAACAUCCUCGCCAUCUUCCUCCCUCUGGACCUCAUCGUCAAGAACAAGGAGAAACUGAUGAGUUGUCCGGACUUUGACGCGCGCAUUGAAACCGUGCGCAGUUUCGUGCCUUCCGACUUGCCCAACUUGCAGAAAAUGGACAAACAGGUGGCGUUCACGCUCCGGGAGCGAUUCCGGGCGAUUUUAGACUACAAGUCAAACGGCAACAAGUUGAAAUCUACGACGAUCAAGUUGUACAAGGCGGAACAUCCGCCAGUGGCGCUCGAAAACAUGGACGAGGAUUAUAAGUUGGCCGAGUUUAGUGAAAGUAAAGUUGAGGCGAUGACGAUUUGUGGGAACCAUAUCUCGAUGUUGGAGCAGAAGGAGUUGGUCAAUGAUGUGAGCCAAAUUUUCGCGCUGGAUUUCUAUUAAAGUGGGACACUGAUGUGGCAAAAUAGAGGUGUCAGUUUAGUGAUCGUUUAAUAAAUUUUUAACUUUU